CACAACAGUUAACAACAGUUUCGAAAGUUUUACCGGAAAAACAAUUUUCAUUAUUUUAAUUAAUUUUAUUAUUUUUUAUUAAUGAGUGAACAGUUCAUGAAGUGUAAUCAUGUCAAUAAGUGCAUCUUUCCAUAAAAAUGUGUCUCUGCUUAUACAAGCAGUUCCACCAAGUUAUGACUUCAAAAAGCAUUACCGAGAUGGAAUGUUUGAGAAGCCAAACACAGCAGGAUUUAUAUACGUUUCACAUUAUCUUUUGUCAAUAUACGAUCCUGAUACUAUGAAAAAAAUGAUAGAAUGGCCAGUUGUUUGUAAAAAAUCCGAAGCAAAAUAUCGAAAUGAUGUUAAAGAAAUUUUAAAUGUAAUAGCAAACGAUAAUCCAGAUAUUGGUUUUCCAACUGUUCUUCCUUCCCUUCUACUAAGUCCAGGAGGAACGAAAUUUACAAAAGUCAUGUGGAAAUUGUCUCAAGUGGCAUUAAAACAAUAUAUAAAAAGACAAAGUGAUCACGAAGUUUUGUUUACUCCGAAAAAAGGAACUGCGGAAGAAUUGACGGAAAAUUUAAUCAACAAUAUUAUACACGAUCUAAAUAACAGUAAUAUGCACAGUCAUAUGAAUUUAUUGAAAGAAGAAGUGAAAGCCCGAGAAUAUACAGAAGAGAUGAACGAACAAAUAAAGAAAACGCAAAAAGAGAUUUUUGAACAACUGGAAAUUGUGUCAUCAAUAGCAACAAAAGCACCAGUUCAUCCGUCUUUCCAGAAAAAAUUGCUAGACAUUGAUGACGACGAAAUUAUUCAAAUGUGGAAGGAUGAUUUAAAGCAAAUGUUAGACUAUUGUAAAAAGAAGAUACAAAUACUGAAAAAUAUUGAAGAACUCAGUAAAAUUGUAUUCACCAUGGCAUCAAAUAUAAUUAGUGAUACGACAGUACUCAAUAUAAAUUUUCUACCAAAACUCCAUGUGAAUACAAUUGCAGAAUUACCAUUGGCUAAAAUUAAAUUUCUUUCGCAAAAUGUUUACACAAAUGGAAAUUUGAAUAUAAACAAUUAUUUUCUUCUAUUUAACGCAAUAAUUGAAUAUUUCGGUUCGCACAUUAAGAACAAUGGUUUUCUUGAUUUCUACAAUUGUCUCUCACAAUUAGAAGCGAGUAAUUCAGAUUUGAAAAUAAUGAAAGAAUAUUUUUGUGAAUUGCACGCAAAAGUUGUCGAAUUUUCUUCGUAUACACAACAAAAACCAGAAAUAUCAACUGAAUUUCAUGACAUUGAUAAUGAAUCAUUAAUUGCUUAUUCGAAAUUAAAAAAUGUUAUGUUCAUGCCAUCGCCACCAAUUCAGUUUAAUUCAAAUGAAAGGCACGAAGUUCACAAUCGAUUGAAACUCACACCUGUCGAAGGAGUUCAUAAACAAUUAUUUUUGAGAUACAACAAAAAUAAGGACGGUUCAAUGAUGAAUGCGUCAAAAGUUAGACAGAAUUUAGUAAUUACAAGAAUUAAUUUCGACGAUACGAUAUCGUCAGAUGUUGAAAAAUCGCCUUGUAGACGUUUUGCUCAACCGAAAACAAUUUGGACCACAUCUAAACCAGUGGGAAAAUAUUCACGAUUAUUCUCCAAUCGUUUGACUCAAUCCGCCAAUAAAACUGCGAAUUGUAGUAUAUUGUCGAUUCCUUCAAAUUCAAAAGCAAAUUCGACUGCGAUGAAUAUUAUUGGCGAAGUCAGCAGUGCUGAAUUGACGAUUGAUCUCACAAUGAUUGAAAAGAAAAGCACGCCUAAGAGGGGAAAUAAAUAUUUUGAUAUUCCUGAAAUAACAAUACAAGCAGAGGAAAUAAUUGUUCAAAAAGCGUGUAGUCCACUUAGAGGAAAUUUGGAAUUAGAUGUAACAUCUCAUAAGCCGUGUAGUCCAAUUACAUCGCCAGUGAAAAAUGACAAACAAAAAGGUAGAAGACGAUCUAUCACCGAUUUAGUUGAACGUUACAAAAAAUUGGUGCAAAAAACAGAAACAACGACCCAAUUAAAAUCAGUCCUCGACGAGGAAUCCUGAAAGAAGAUUAAUUUCAAAAAUUCUCUAAUUUCCGAAUUCUCCAAUUAUCACUAUAGUGAUAAUUUUAUCGCUAUGGUAAUAAUAUGAUAUCAAUAUGAUAAUAUCAAUAUGAUAUCAAUAUGAUAAUUUCAAUAUGAUGAUAUCAAUAUGAUAAUAACAAUAUUAUAAUAUCAAAAUGAUAAAAGUAUCAAUAAUACGAUGAUAAUAUCAACUACACAGUUAUAAAUCAAUCUUUUUAACAAUGACUAUUGAGUCAUAAAUCUUGUAAAUAUUCUUUUAAAAAAAAUUUACAACUUUCCUUCGGUCAAACGGAAGUUGUCUGCUUUUUUCUAUCUCUCUAUCUCUCUCUUUUUUUAAAACGAAACUAGACUGAUAUUUGUAAUAUUUUUUCAUAAAAUGCUGUAUAUAUGAUUAGAAUUUGAAUCUAAAAAAAAUAUAUUCAACGUAUCAAGAAUAAAUCAGUAAACCAGA